CAAAUAUCUGUCAAUUUGUUAAACUGCUGUCUGUCGUUGAUUACCGACAGAGAAGUGGAAAAUCUGGAAAGUCGGUCCAUGUGAAACAUCUUUAAUAAUUUUAUGAAAUUUAAUUAAAAUACGAUAAAUUAUUAUUUCGUGUAUAUCACAAAAUCGUAUUAUGCCACCCAAAGUGAAACCAGGAGCCCCCAGUAAAAAAACAGAACAAAAAAAGAAAGAAAAAGUCAUAGAGGACAAAACAUUCGGAUUAAAAAAUAAAAAAGGGGCGAAACAACAAAAGUUUAUACAACAGGUUGAGAAGCAGGUUAAAACUGGGGGAACACAUCCACUGAAAGAGGAUACAAAGAAAUUGGAGAAAGAAAAAAAGUUGAAAGAACAGAAAGAAUUAGCUGCACUUUUUAAACCAGUUCAAACGCAGAAAAUUGAAAAAGGUGCUGAUCCAAAGUCGGUAGUAUGUGCUUUCUUCAAGCAAGGUCAAUGUGGCAAAGGUGAUAAAUGUAAAUUUUCCCAUGACUUAACAAUUGAAAGAAAAGCUGAGAAACGUUCUAUGUAUGUGGACAUGCGAGAUGAUGAAAAUGAGACUAUGGAAAACUGGGACGAAGACAAACUUAAAGAAGUUAUUGAGAAGAAACAUGGCAAAUCGGGAAAAAUGCCUACGACUGAUAUUAUUUGCAAACACUUCUUGGAGGCCGUCGAAAAGUCCAAAUACGGUUGGUUCUGGCAGUGCCCGACUGGAGAAAGCUGUAUAUAUCGACACGCCUUACCUCCCGGCUUCGUGCUCAAAAAAGACAAGAAAAAACUCGAAGACAAGGCGAAUGAGAUAACCCUCGAAGAUCUCAUUGAAAAGGAACGUGCAGCGUUAGGACCCAAGCAGACGAAAGUAACGUUAGAAACCUUCUUAGCGUGGAAGAAGAGGAAAAUCCAAGAGAAGAAAGACCAGGCGAUGCAAGAUGAAGAAAAGAAACGAAGCGACUAUAAGGCCGGCAGGCAAGUCGGAUUAUCUGGCAGGGAAAUGUUCAGUUUCAAUCCAGAACUCGCAGCCGAUAGUAACAUGGAGGAAGGAGACGAGUUGUUCGAUUCGUCUGCGUUUAAUAAAGAGGAAGACGAGGAUAGCAAUGUUUACAAAGAGAUUAAUUUGGAUAUUUUGGGGGGAGAAGCACAAGAGGUGGACGGUUCUGGUACCAUAGCCACCGAAGAGAGAUUUAAAGAACAGAAACCCGAGGAGCCCACGACGUCGAACGGUGUGGCAGAAGGCGCAGCAGCUGUUCCCAUAAACGAGAAUCUUUUCCUCGAAGAAGACCUGGACGGUCUAGAUGAAGAAUUAAAUGAUUUAGAUCUAGAGGAAUAAUACUAGGGGUGGACCCACUCGAUCUACCCUAUCGGAUUUAUUAGAAAAUUUUUUUUUUGGAGAUUUCAAAUGUAAAUAGCCAAUUUAUUGUCACAAAUUAAUUAAUUACAUAGUGU